CCGGAGGCGGGGCCCGGCGGGCGGGGCCGGGGUCCCGGAAAAGCUGGCGCUGGAAUUCGAGCCGGAGUGGCGGCCCCGGCAGUGGGUGUCUGACCCCGACCGCAGGCGGCCGCAGGGAUGGGCCAGCGGCUGUGAGGUACACUAUGCCAGAAUGGCAGGACGCCACCUGUGCUGACUGCUGUCUGUGAAGGCGAUAAAGUAGCAUUCCUUCUCCAGGGAGCUCCUCUGGGUCAAGCUAUGGUGAAAAAAUGUUUCGGAAAGGCAAAAAACGACACAGCAGUAGCAGUUCCCAAAGCAGUGAAAUCAGUACUAAGAGCAAGUCUGUAGAGUCUAGCCUUGGGGGGCUUUCACGCUCCAGCACCGUGGCCAGCCUGGAUACGGAUUCCACCAAGAGCUCAGGUCAAAGCAACAAUAACUCUGAUACCUGUGCAGAAUUUCGAAUAAAAUAUGUUGGUGCCAUUGAGAAACUGAAAUUCUCUGAGGGGAAAAGUCUUGAAGGGCCACUAGACCUGAUAAAUUAUAUAGAUGUUGCCCAGCAAGAUGGAAAGUUGCCUUUCGUUCCUCUGGAGGAAGAAUUUAUUAUGGGCGUUUCCAAGUACGGUAUAAAAGUAUCAACAUCAGAUCAGUAUGAUGUUUUGCAUAGGCAUGCUCUAUAUUUAAUCAUCCGGAUGGUGUGUUACGAUGAUGGUCUGGGGGCAGGAAAAAGCUUAUUGGCUCUGAAGACCACAGAUGCAAGCAAUGAAGAGUACAGCCUGUGGGUUUAUCAGUGCAACAGCCUGGUAAGGAACAGGCACAAGCAAUCUGCAAAAUUUUAUCCACCGCUUUUGACUCUGUAUUAACGUCUGAGAAAUCUUGAAUUCUGCCAUCAAGGGGAAGUCCACUUCUUGUGAAACAUCAGCUAUUUUCCAUCUGCAAUGUUGAACUAUUUGGAAAUAUAUGAAAUUAUCCUUUGAUGUAGAUUUUCUGAGGAAAAUGCAAUGUAUAAAACACUGAUCAUUUGCUUUUCUAUUAAAGUGUAUAUUAACAGUGA